GUGGUGAAGCAAGAAGGCAGGAAGAAGAAGAAUAAGAUGGUGAUAAGCAAGGAAAAAAAUGCUGAAGACUGGUGCUUCGUUUGCAAAGAUGGCGGUGAUCUUAUCAUUUGUGAUUUCCAGGGAUGUGUAAAAUCUUAUCACCCUGCUUGCGUGGAGAAGGAUGAUUCGUAUUUUGAAAGUGAAACCCACUGGACUUGUGCUUGGCAUACUUGCUUCAUUUGCGAUAAGAGUUCCAACCUUCAUUGUUAUACCUGCACAAGUGCUGUUUGCAGUCGCACUUGCUGCCUUCGCCGUGCAGAAAUUUUACCAGUUAAAGGGCAAUAUGGAUUUUGCCAGCCUUGCUUAGAACUUGCUUUACUUAUUGAAGAUGGAAAGGAUUGUGAUUCUGACGGGGAGAUGGUGGACUUUGAAGAUUUGGAGACGGUUGAGGGUUUAUUUAGUGAAUAUUAUAAAAUAAUCAAGAAAGAAGAAGGCUUUGAGCCUCAGAAUUUUUAUGCUGCAAAAGAUGGGGUGAAGACUACAAAAAUAUCCAAUUAUAGCUCGGAAGAUAACUGUGAAGAAGAUGAAAUAUCUGAUUAUGAUGGUGCAGAGCAUGUUAAAAAAUACAGAUCUGGGAGAAAGAAGAUUGGGAUGCAGACACCCGUGAAAUUAAGUAAAAAUGAUUUUAUUGGCUGGGGCUCAAGAGCCCUUAUUGACUUUCUCAGUUCAAUUGGUAAAAGCACCAAUGAACAAUUGUCUCGGAGUGAUGUGACUUCAAUUGUGAAUGCGUAUGUAAAAGAACGUAACUUAAUGCAUCCAGUGAAAAGGAAGAUGAUAUUGUGUGAUGCUCGUCUAGAGUCUCUUUUCAGAAAGAAAACAAUGGCUAAGAAUAAAGUGCAUGAGCUGUUGUGGGACCAUUUUGCAGAGAACCAUGAUGAAUCAGAAGAAGAUGAGAUGGGAUAUGAUUCAGAGGAUGAUAAUGCAGGCAUUUCGGAUGUAUGUAAGAAACAAAGAAAGUUGAACUCUGAGAACAAAUCUCCGGAAAAAGAGCUAGCCGAUGAUGUGCCACUGAGUUGUUUUGCAUCCAUUGUCAACGAAAAUGUGAAACUUGUUUACUUGAGGAGGAGCUUGCUACUUGAACUGCUGAAGCAGCCUACAUUGUUUGAAGAAAAGGUUGUUGGAUGCUUCAUUCGUGUUAAGUCCGAUCCUUAUCAUAAUCAUUCAAGGAAUUCUUAUCAACUAAUGCAAGUUAGAGGAGGAUCUUCAACAGAAAGCCAAUAUUCUUCAUGAGGAUCUAACCAAGCAUGUACGUCAGUCAAUAGCUAGAGAGUUGCCCUUGUUGCAAAAUCUCAUUGAUCGAGCCAAUGAGAAAGGAUGGAGUCGUGAAUAUCCUUUAAUGCUAUGUGGGAAACUAGGUUUUAAGCUUUUGGACAUAGCAUAUGAUUGUCAAUAUGGAUAGUUAGAAUCAUACAUACAAUUUCCAGCAGAAAACAUUGGCCUUGUUAGGUCCUCAUUUAGAACGAUAACAAAUUUGAAGAAAAGUUCAACUUGCAAGGUUUAAACUACAUAGUCCGAUGGUAACUAACUCAAGUUGAAUGCCUGUGUUUUCAUUUUAUUCAAAGAAAUUAUAAUAUGAUUGUUAGAUUAACAUGGGUAUUAUCUUAAACAGAUUUCCAACUCAAAAAGGACGUCUUCACUUCUGUUAUAAAUAAAUGACAAAACUGGCCAAUUUUUCCAACUUAUCCUGCAGUUACACCACAUUAUGUUAUGGAAGGGUGAUAUAAAAUCCAAUAUAAAUUAUGUUUCAGUUUCUGUAUAUUUAUAGGGAUUUAGACAUGUGUAUGAAUGCUGCCAGAUAAAAAUACUCCGUACCAUUUAUUUUCUGGCUUCUACUAUGAAUUGACUUUACUGCACAUUCCACACAUCAUCCUAAUGCUUUUCUGCUCUCCACUCUUGUUAUGCAUUCUUGGAAGGAACAAACAAUUGUAAGGAUUCUCUGUUUGUUGGCCUUGACUCUAUCUUUGCUACACUUUUUGAGUACCUGAAGAAGAAAAGGAGUCUACAAACUCCAUCAGAGGUAUCAAAAAUGAUAGAAAAUGUUCCUAGAGUCAUUCCUGAUCGACACGAGCUUCAUCCCAUUUCCGAUGAUAUUGUCAAUGACAUAAGAAUUGAUAAAGACUCUCCUAAAUCAAUCCUCCGGUGUUGUUCCUCUGUUACUAUGCAGGAUGACAGAGAAUCAGGAUUGAUGGAACUGGUCUAAUAAAUUUCUGUUUUGGCUAAAGAAGAGAAGACUCUUCGUCAUUGCAAUGCAUCUCCUCCCGCAAGAAAGCAGUCCAUAUUCAUAGGGUCUGACUCCGAACCUGAGGAAGACGACAUAACCAUCAGAAAGGCAUCGCAACCCACUGCUGAGCCAAGAAAACAUAAACUGGAGGGAGAAGAAUUGGGUAUG